AGCGCGCGUGUGUGUGUGCGAGCGAGUGUGUUUUUGUACCCCAAGUGAGCCAGUGUGAGUGCGUGUCACAUAUCAGCAGCAGCAGAAGCAGCAGCAGCAGCAGCAGCACCAUCAGCAGCAGCAGCAGGAAAAGUUCAGUGGAAAAGCGCGCUGCCAAGCAGAAAAAUUCAAACGUAAACGAAGCCAACAGUGGCAGCAGCAGCGACGCCGGCAGAAGCUCGCAGCCAGCUAAGAGGAAGGACCUAGGAGAACAGAGAAACGAAUCAGGACGCAGGACACGCAGACACACCAGGAGGACACCAUCACAUUCCCCAACAUGGGCAGCGGACACUAUUUCUGGGCGAUCCUAUACUUUGCCAGCCUGUGCAGUGCUUCACUAGCAAAUAAUGCCAAAAUAAAUUUCCGAGAAAAGGAGAAAAAAGUCUUAGAUCAAAUUUUAGGUGCAGGCAAAUACGAUGCCCGAAUACGACCAUCUGGAAUCAAUGGCACAGCUAAUUUGGCCACCAUUGUGAAAGUCAACAUGUUCCUGCGAUCCAUAUCCAAAAUCGACGACUACAAAAUGGAGUACAGUGUGCAGUUAACCUUCCGUGAACAGUGGACGGAUGAGCGCCUCAAGUUCGACGAUAUCCAGGGCCGCCUAAAGUACCUGACCCUGACGGAGGCGAAUCGUGUGUGGAUGCCCGAUCUCUUCUUCUCCAACGAGAAGGAGGGACACUUCCACAACAUCAUCAUGCCCAAUGUUUAUAUACGCAUCUUCCCCAAUGGCUCUGUGCUAUAUAGUAUACGUAUCUCGCUGACAUUGGCCUGCCCAAUGAACCUCAAGCUAUAUCCACUGGACAGGCAGAUAUGUUCGCUAAGGAUGGCGAGCUAUGGCUGGACCACCAAUGACUUGGUCUUCCUCUGGAAGGAGGGUGAUCCUGUGCAGGUGGUUAAGAAUUUACACCUGCCACGCUUCACUUUGGAGAAGUUUCUGACUGAUUACUGCAACAGUAAAACUAAUACGGGUGAAUACAGUUGCCUCAAAGUCGAUCUACUAUUCAAGCGAGAAUUCUCAUAUUACUUAAUACAAAUUUAUAUACCAUGCUGUAUGUUGGUCAUUGUAUCAUGGGUAUCAUUCUGGCUGGAUCAAGGAGCAGUGCCUGCACGAGUGUCACUGGGUGUUACCACCUUGCUGACCAUGGCCACCCAGACGUCGGGCAUUAAUGCCUCCCUGCCGCCCGUUUCCUACACGAAGGCCAUCGAUGUGUGGACCGGCGUGUGUUUGACGUUCGUGUUCGGGGCCCUGCUCGAGUUCGCCCUGGUGAACUAUGCAUCCCGUUCAGGUUCGAACAAAGCUAACAUGCAUAAGGAGAAUAUGAAAAAGAAGCGCCGCGAUCUGGAGCAGGCCAGUUUAGAUGCCGCUUCAGAUCUGCUAGAUACAGAUAGCAAUGCAACAUUCGCAAUGAAACCGCUGGUCCGUCAUCCCGGCGAUCCGCUGGCAUUGGAAAAGCGGCUCCAGUGCGAGGUGCACAUGCAGGCCCCGAAGCGACCCAACUGCUGCAAGACCUGGCUCUCCAAGUUCCCCACCAGACAAUGUUCUAGAUCGAAGAGGAUCGACGUUAUCUCGCGGAUCACCUUCCCGCUGGUCUUUGCCCUGUUCAACCUGGUCUACUGGAGCACAUAUCUCUUCAGGGAGGAGGAGGAUGAGUAAAUGCCGUUACCUAUUGCCAAGAACCACCAAUUACUUUAUAGAAGGGUUGGCCGGUUGGCUGCUAGCCAAUUAAAUUGUACUAACCUAUUUCUUUCACUUCUUUUUUCCACUUCCUUAUCGGUUGACCUCAUUUCAUGCUUUUGUCUUGCGUUUGCGUAUGGCUUCAUUUCCAAUUUGGUUGAUUUCUUGAUUGACACACGUAUGAUUGAAUGAUUGAUUUAAAUCGCCAAAAAAAAGGACCUUCUAAGGCGCGUCUCUGACACCCAGUGGCUAUGUAGAAUCCAACACGAAAUUAACUAAGAAUAACGUUAACAAUGAUCGAGGGAUACGUUACGAUAAUGCUAAAAGCUAUAUGCUCUAUAUAUGUUUGGUUAUGUCUCUGGACAGUGCAGUAUAGUUGAGAGCGUAUCCUGGCACUUCCACUAAACGAACCGAUGAUGACGAUGAGGAUGAGCAAUUUUCGGUGAAUAACAAAAAGAAAACAAAGCUAUAUAGUUAAGUGUAAGUUAAAUCGAUCAAGGCGACGACUGCAUAGUAGUUAAUGUUAUAAAUAAUUAUACGAAAAAACACACACACAUACACACACAUGUUCCACUUGAUUUGUUUUGAGGAUGCUCUCCAAAAUUGUUACAAAUUGAUGAAUUAUUUUAGCUGAUAAUCGACGAUAAUCGAGUUUUGUUCCAGACUCUAGCCUAGUUUAAAAAUAAAUUGCAAUUGAUUUGUACUUAAAUGCGUUAAGUUAGUUAAGCCGCCAAAAAGAAUAUAUAUGAGAAAGGAGAGGAGAGGCGAGGUCGUAGACAACAAUUCGACGUUUGUAAAUAUGUCAUACAAUAAGUUUUAAGUCAACUAGUUUAAACGAAUUCUAAUUGUAAAAAGCGUGUAGAUAAAUUUAAGUUUAGUCGAUAAUAGAACAACAAACUAACCGAAGCGAGAAAACUCUAGGUAAAUUCAAUUUAAUUAUGUUCACCAUCGAAUUAAAUAAAACAAAACAAAAAACGAAUCGAAAAUAUCGAAGAAAUUCCUUCAACGCACACAGAAACGAAAAACAGAAUUUUAUUUUCGCAUUAUUUGAAAAAGAAAACAAACUCUUAAAUGCUAAGUUCAACUGGAAUUGGUGGGUAUCUGCAAGUUAUUUUUCACUCGAAUUUCUUAGAAGCCCUUAAAUAAAUUAAUCAUUUUCCUAAAUCUAUUAGUCGCUUGCGUUAAUUUUAGUGUUGAAUUUUAAUUAAUAGUAGUCAAGUAGCAAUUACACUCAAGGGGGACUAAGCCCGCAAUUCUGAUUCCUGUUUGAUUUGAAUCCUUAGAUUAUUAUAUUCAAUUUACAAUUUACCAUUAACCAAUUUACCAUUUACUAUUACUUAAUUAUGUAUUGGACCGCCAAGGUCACUUAGCUAGUUAAUUUUGCUUAAUUAGAGUUAUGAAAUAUAAAUAUACAAAUGCAAACCAUAAACCAAUUAACAGACAAUACAACAAUAUUUUAUCAUGUAGUGCAAGUCCCCGCGAACUUGAUGAAUACUACUCAUAAAUUUACUGCAAAUCCAGUAUGAAUCGUGAAUUAGAUCGAGAUAUAUGCAGUUAUUUUUAUAUCCAAAAUAAUAUCUUUGGUUAUUUAAGUGCCUUUUGUAUGCCAAGAAGAUUCCUUUCUCUCACAUUUUCUCCUUCUAAACAAAAAACGCUCUCUGUCUCUCUUGAAACUCCACUCCAAUCUUUUCACUUUGAUAUAACCCCGAAAAUCCAAUUAGAGAAACGCACAAACGAUACCCUAAAUAUAUGGGGCUCUAAUUUUAGAAUAAUAAUAACUAAUGUGAAUUCUACAUAGCGACAAACAGAAACAAAAGAAAACCACAACAAACAAUAACUUCAGAUAACUUUAUAAUAAAAUCGUUUUUUGUAGAUUUUUUUAAACUAUUUUAAUUAACUUUUAAAAGGCUUGUUUCAUCUCUUCUUUCGUUUAUUAAAAACUCUUUGUUUCGGGUAUGCCCAUUUAUUUGCUAUCAUUUCUAAUCUAAAGGUAAGAAAUUAAUCAUAAAGAGAAAUCAAAAAUCAAUUGAAACUUAUGCUAAUAUAAUAGACACAACAAAAACACGAGGCACCCUGCAUAGUAACUGUUGUCAUUAAACAAUUGUCACGUAAACCAAAAAAAAAACACGAACGAUCUGAGAGACCCAAAGAUCGAAACUCGGUGAAUAUCUAAUAGAUACUUUCAUGUUGUAAAAGUUGUGCCAAGCAAAGCAAAGAGAAACCAAAAAAACUAGUCAAAAACAAAUAUCGAAUGAAAUCGAACAAGCGAAAUUAUAACUAUAACUCUAGCUAUAGUUGUAUUGUAUAUGAAGCUAUUGAACAUACAGGGUUUUUAAAUGUGAGCAUAUAUAGUUGGUGAACAGAACAGGCAGAUCUAGGAAAACUCGGGCUUUGUUAACCGGAAAGCGUUGACCGAUGUACUAGGCAAAGAAGAAUAAUCAUAGAGAAAAGUGAAAAGCGAAGGAGAUGAGAAAUAAUUAAACUAGUUAUUACACCAGGUAGGUGGGCUUGGGGUGAGGGGCGAAACAUCAGAUUUCGGCAUUUAAUUUUAGUGAAAAUAAACAUUCUUAGGUUGUGUGCUGCUUCUCGUUUGCCAUUAUCCAAUUAUCGGUCAAUUAUCAUUUUCCAGGCAAAUCGUUCGGCAGCAAACAGUCCAGUUUCACUGUAAAUAGUUUGGCUCAAAAGCAUGUAAAUGUCAUUUAAUGGUUAGGUUUACGAACAAAAAACGACUACGGGAGACGUAACACGAAAUGUGCACAAGUUUAUAUAAUAUAAAGAUGCGUUCAAAAAAGACUUACAGGUUUUGAUUAACAAAGGAGGAGCGUAGAUAUUAAAAAUCAUUGAAUCCCAUGCGAAUGUGGUGACGGAAACCCAGACGAGGGCGACUAGAUCGUAAGUUAACGUUAACGUAUGUUUAGAUCUUAAGAGACGGCGUUGAAAAAUGCUUCGAAAACAGACUAGUUCACUAGUAUUCACAGUACUCAGCUACUAAGCGCCAAGGCAAAUUACUUCCACCAUCACUAUCUGAACGAUUCACUCACCAAAUUCACUCCACUCACUCGAUGUUUAAUCUUUGCUAAUCACCAAUCAAAUCAAAACGACACACACAAAUCGAAAUCGAAAUCGAAUCGAAUCGAAAACGAAACGAAAACGAAUCUAAUCUUUGCACAAUUUGAGCGGGACAAACGAGUUUGAGUAAUUGCAAGUUAAAAUUUAGAUAAAUCAUAACACAUAUCUUCCAAAAAUGGGGGCGUCUCAUGGCCCAUUUCUAACAAUCAAACAACUCCAACUAUAAUUUCUAUAGUAGAAAUGUAAAUACAAGCAAGACCGAAUCUCAUUUCUAUCGAAAUUGCGAUCGAGGGCGCAGAAAGCGAACAGCAAAAAGUUACCCAAAUCAAUAAACACAAAUCACCUUACUUUAUAGAGCUAAGUCAGUCACAACCACACUUCAGCAAAAGAUCACAUAGUCUUAAGACCGAAACCGAAGCAUUUCGGAAACAAAUGACACAAGAAUUUCGCUGUAGUGCAACCCAAAAACCCGAAACAUAACCCCAGACAGCAACAACUAACAACCGAAAAUAAUUGAUUAAAAAACGAAAGUACAUAUAGAUCCGGCAUAGGACACAUCAAAGCCGUCAGUGGAAAUUUAAAACAGCAGAUCAAAUGCCUAAGUGAAAGAAUUAGUAGCGUAAUUUUACAAAAUAGUUGAAAUAAUUGUUGUCACCCAGAUGGAAUGAAAUCCUGAAACGAACAAGAGAGAAAUCCAAAUAAUUGUGUAAAACCCGCAGAAUAAAGAUGUUUGUGAAAUGUUUAUAAAUAAAUGAAACAAAACGAAA